GAAUCCGUUCCCUAUCGGAGACAGAGUGACGUUCAGUGGGAAGGACUGUGUGUGUCAACAGUGUUCUCACACACUCGUCACCUCCAACGAACCAAUCAAGAUCCAUGGACCCAGCCACUGUUCCGGGUGUGGAGAGGAUAUAAAACAGGGACAGUCUCUGCUGGCGUUGGAGAAACAGUGGCAUGUCAGCUGCUUCAAGUGUCUAACCUGCAACAUGGUCCUCACUGGGGAAUACAUCAGCAAGGACAACGUGCCGUACUGUGAGUCUGACUACCACGCCCAGUUUGGGGUUAAGUGUGAGACGUGCAGCAGAUACAUCAGUGGACGGGUACUGGAGGCAGGGGGGAAGCACUACCACCCUACCUGUGCCCGCUGUGCCCGAUGUCACAUGAUGUUCACAGAGGGAGAAGAAAUGUACCUGCAUGGUGGUGAAGUGUGGCAUCCUUUGUGUAAGCAGGCGGCCAGAGCAGAGAGAAGACUCAGGCACAGACGUCUGUCCGAGACCUCCAUCUCUCCACCGGGUUCGUCUAUUGGCUCUCCCAGCCGCGUCAUCUGCGCCAGGGUGGAGAAUGAGAUACUAGACUAUAAGGACUUGGCUGCACUGCCUAAGGUCAAGGCCAUAUACGAGGUCCAGCCACCUGACCUCAUAUCAUCCUACCAGUCCCAGCAUCAUCCUACCAUAUCAUCCUACCAGCCCUACCCCAGAUACUCCUCAGAUGACAUAGAGACCUUCAGCUAUGGAGAGUCACCUGGGACUCUCUGUUCUCAGAAGCUGUAUUACAAUAUAGACAAGAGACAGAGACAGUGUUCCAGCCCUGCCUACAUGGAUGGCUCUCCCUCCUUCAACCGCCAAGCCAUGUCUCCCAUCACACCUCACUCACCGCAGCACUAUGGACACCCUGGCUCUGAGAGUGGCAGGAGCUCACCCUAUUACGGCUCGCUGGAGGGGCGGCCUAGUACUCCUACCACAUACCACGCCCCCAAGCAUUUCCAUGUACCAGCCUCAGGUGAACCCAACAUCUACAGCAAACCUCCCAUCUAUAAGAGAACGGCCACCAAAAGCAGGACCAGCGAAGAUCUAAUCACAUCCUCCAGACUGUAUAACCUACACCCUACACCCUACUCUCCAGAACACUACACACAGUCAGAGUCUGACUCCUACCCCUAUCCCAGCUCCCCUAAAGCUCUCCGUGCUCCUAGGAGAAGGUAUUCUACAGGAGGAGAUGAAGAGAACUGGAGUCACAGCAGUCUUCAAAGAAUCCAGAGUGGUAUAGGGAGGAUGAUCCUAAAGGAGGAGAUGAAAGCUAGAUCUGGUUGCUAUGACAACGACCCUUGGGGCAGCGCCCGGAAUUCCCGCAGCGGCAGCAAGGAGGCUCUCACCACUACCAGCUACAACAGCACCGGCUACAACAACACUGUCAAUGGCUCUCCUCCAUCCCAUUACAGCUUAGACAACUCAUACAAGUCAGCCUCUCUACCAGGAUACAGGCGGAAUGGUGUCAACAGGCCCCAGAGUGCAGCUGCAGACUACUACCAACAGUAUGACAGCAGCAGUGAUGUCAACUGGGAACCAGAGGUAGGAGGGCUGUUGGAGUGGACUGUGUACCCGUAUGAAGUACUGAUCGUGACCACCAGGGGGAGACACAGACUGCCUAAAGACGUAGACAGAGCCAGACUGGAGCGUCAUCUGAGUCCCGAGGAGUUCCUACAGGUGUUUGGGAUGAACUUGACAGAGUUUGACCGGCUGGCUCUCUGGAAGAGAAAUGAAAUGAAGAAACAGGCCCGACUCUUCUAACCAUGGAGAGAGAGAAAAUUAGAAGAGAGAGAGAGAGAGAGAGAGAGAGAGAGAGAGAGAGAGAGAGAGAGAGAGAGAGAGAGAGAGAGAGAGAGAGAGAGAGAGAGAGAGAGAGAGAGAGAGAGAGAGAGAGAGAGAGAAUUAGAAGAGAGAGAAUUAGAAGAGAGAGAGAGAGAGAAUUAGAAGAGAGAGAGAGAGAGAGAGAGAGAGAGAGAGAGAGAGAGAGAGAGAGAGAGAGAGA